AUGGGGAAGAACCGCAGACGUUGUUUCUUUGAUAUCGCUAUCGAUGGUCGCGAAGCUGGAAGAAUAGUGUUCGAAUUGUUCGACGAUGUCGCACCCAAAACAACCGAAAACUUUGUGAAGCUCUGUACUGGAUCUGCCGGACUAGGCAAACAGAGCGGAAUACCGCUGCACUACAAGGGAUCGACUUUUCACAGAGUCAUUAAGGAUUUCAUGAUCCAGGGUGGUGACUUCACGACUGGUAAAGGAACUGGUGGUGAAUCAAUCUAUGGAGGGCUGUUUGAUGACGAGCCUUUCAUUCUUAAGCAUGAUCAGCCCUUCCUUCUGUCAAUGGCAAAUAAGGGACCAAAUACCAAUGGAUCGCAGUUUUUCAUCACAACGAAGCCGGCACCGCACCUGAACAAUAAGCACGUGGUUUUCGGCAAGGUAAUUUCUGGUAGUGAAGUUGUAACUGAAGUAGAGCAUCUCAAAGUGAAUGCUAGGUCUUGUCCGGUUGCCGAUGUGAUCAUCACAAAUUGUGGAGAAUUGGUGAGAAAACGAAAGAAGGAAGUGAGCAGCAGUUCAGAAAGCGAUUCCUCGGAUAGCGAAGAUGAGAAGCACAAAAAGAAAAGGAAACAUAAGGAAGCAAGCGCAGUUAUUGAAGAAACUGAGAAAACAGAUAAGGAAAGGGAUGCUGUAGCGGUGUGUUCAAUAAGGAAGGAGGACCUUCCGCCCGAGCCGCCCAAUCAGCACUCUUUUCUUAUGCGCCGGUCGAAGACACCUGAAGAUCGCAAGAAGGCUAAGGAAGAUGGAUUUAUUUGCUUUAGGAAAAUGGUGGAAAUGCAGGAAAAGACAAGUCACGUGAUAGCGAUAAAAAAAGGAAAAGGUCUCGAACGCGCUCUCCAGCUCGGAAGAGGUCACGCUCACGUUCUGCUCGCAGGAGGAGAUCGCGCUCACGCUCUGCACAUAGGAGAAGAUCACGUUCUCGUUCUCAUCACAGGAGAAGAUCUCGCUCAAGAUCACGGAAGAACCGAACGUCCUCCACCGGAAAAGCAAAUCAAGGUGAAAGGAAGAGGCCAGAUGCGGUUCACAUCUCAGUUCCGUGACAAAACCCCGCCGCACUGGAAACGUGAAGAGGCCAAACUUAUAUCUUUGAAAAGAAUGAUGGAACUAAGGGAAGAACGUGCUAUGAGGGAAAGGGAAGAGCAGGAGAGGAUUGCUCGGGAAAAUUUGGAGAAACGUGAUAAGGAGAAGAGAAGGGCCAAUGAUGAAGAAAAUGAAAGGCGGAAGUUCUCCGAGCAUGAACACGAUGAUUCUAACGAAGAAGAAGAGUUGCUAGAAGAAGAGCACGACAACAAGCAAGAUGAAAUUGAACAAUCUGAUGAUGAACAUAGGGAAGAUGAAGAGGAGAAGGUCUCCGGCAAUGAGAGCGAUAAGAAUAACGAUGAGCAUCCCUCUAAAACUUCAGAAGAAAACGGCAGUCAUGAAGAACGCCUACCUAGAGAUGAGGAGGCAGAGAGGUCACACGAGCCUGAAGAGAAAGAGCACGAAAAGGAAGAUGAAGAACCGAAGGAGGACCACGGCGAAAACCGUAAGAGUGAGGAACAUCAUAAAAGUGGCAAACACCACUCUAAAAGCUCUCGGGUUAAUCGAAGAAGUGAGGAGCGGCACAGUGAUCACGAGGAACCUGAAGGUCAUACACGUAGCGAAAGUGAUAAAGACAAAUCUCAAAGAACUGCCGAGAAGGCGAAACAUAGCUCAAACAAAACACAAGAAGAUGGCAAUAAACCUCGUACAAGAAGUUCAAAAGAAACCCGUGAGAGUGAAGAGCGUUUACGGGAUCAUAAGGGAGAGGAUGAGAAGCAGGAUGGGGACAAGGAGCGUAAGCGUCGAAGAAGUGACGAACAUCCGAAAAAGGAAUCUGACAAAAAACUUCAUGAGGAUCUAGAUAAAGUGAACAAAGAGAUAGAAGAUGACAAGCGGGAGGGGGACAGGGAACAUGGCCGUAAAAGAAUCGAUGAACACAAGAAGAAGGAAUCCGACAAAACGCACCAUGAAGAUGGAGAUGAACGUCAUACAAGUUCGAAAGAAGCUCAAGGAAGUGAAGAACGUUCUCGUAGGCGUCAGUCGCCAGAAAAAGGAGACAUAAAGUCAGACGAAGCCGUAGAGAAAGAGAAGAAACAGGAAGAGGUUGAACAAAAGAAGGACAAAGUUCAUGAGCGAGAUAACGAUAAGCAUCAUCGAAGAAGCUCGAGGGAAAGGAGGAGAAGUACCGAACGUGAACGAUCACACCGACGCGAGGAAAAGCGAGAUCGAUCUGAAGAAGAUACAGAAAAGGAGCGUAGAAAUGAUGAGGAAGAUGAUAAGAGGAGCUCUGACAAAUCACAUCAUCGAGAUAAAGACGACAGAUCUAGUGAUAAAUAUCGCUCAAGGAGUUCUAGGGAACGUCGAAGAAGUGAAGAGCGUUCACACGGACGAGAGAGAGGGGACAGACGGAGAAAUCGUGACAGUUCGUAA